GCCCCCCCCCCCCCCCCUUUCCUCACCGCCCCCCCCCCGGGGUUGGGGGCACCCGUAUGCAACCCGGCGCCCACGCGAGUGCGCCCUGCCCCCCCCCACACCUUUACACCCCCCCCCCCCUCCCCAAAUCCCAUCCGUGUCCCUCCCCCCCCGCACCCCCCCCCCCCCGCGGUGCCUUUGGCCGGGCGGCGGUGGCGGGGGGGCCCCGCACACGCCACUGACAUGUCUGCACAGAUGACACGAGACCCGCAGCCCCCCCCCCCCCUUUCUAUCUGGCUGGUCUGGAUAAACCCGCGGGGGUCGGGCCCCCCCCGCAAAUACCCCCCCCCCCUCAGCCCUAUUUACCCCCCCCCCAAAAAAAAAAAGCCUCUUCAAUUUGCCCCACCCAAACCCUAUUUGCCCCCCACAGCCCUAUUUGUCCCCCCCCCACCCCCACCCACCAGCCGCCCCCCUCCUCCCCGCCCCCCCCGGGCCCCCCCCCCCGGCCCGCCGCAGUGUUUAACACAAGUUUUUACAUUAAAAACCUGUGCCCCCCCCGCCCGGGGCCAUUAAAACCUUUUGUGUGCGAAGCGGGAGCCGCUCUUCUGUAGGGGGGGGCGGGUACGAGGUGCUAAAAAAUGCCCCCCCCUCACCCAGCUGGGGUGGAUUCGGGGACAUUUGGGGACAUUUUGGGGUGUGGGGACACCUGGGGCCUGACCUGGCCUUGUGCCCCCCCCUCCCCGUGCGUCAGCAGCCCCAAGGGCCCGGCCUUGUGUGUGCCCCCCCCGGGUCCCCACGGCUGGGAAGGGCCCAGCUGGACCCAGUGUGGGGGGGGGGGGGGACGGGACACAAAACCUGUUGGAAAGGGGGGUGGGGGAGGACACCUGGGGACUUUUUGGGAAGGGGGGGCACAGCUGGGGCCCUUCCCAGGGCUGCUGGGGCCUGGGGCAGGUGGGGCCGUUCCCAGGGAGGGGCCCGUGUUUUGGGGGGGGGGGCGCCUUGGGGCGAUAAAUGGGGGCGGCGGCGGGGCCGGGGCCGAGCAGCGAUGGCGGUGCCGGUGCUGGUGGCGGUGCUGGCGGCGGUGCUGGCGGGGGCCGGGGCCCAGUGCCCGACGGCGUCCGACCUGCGGGGGGUGAACGGCACCCGGGUGUGCGCCGAGCUCUUCACCGACGACAGCCCCUACUACGACCAGUGCUGCGGGGGCAAAUCGCUGGUGGUGGAGUGCGGCGCCGACGCGCCCUACGUGCCCUGGGAGUGGUCGGGCAGCGUCUCCUCGCUGGUGGUGGGGCCCCGCUGCCAGCUGACCGUCUGGUCGCUGCCCGGCAAGCACGGCAAGAUGAAGAGGUUCGGGGCGGGAGCGGUGCCGCGGCUGCAGGAGGUGCGGCGGGGGCUCUUCGGGAACUGGAACAACGCCAUCCGCGGGUACUACUGCCAGUGCAACUGAGGGGGCGGCGCGGGGCAGCAACGCGGGGCAACGCUGGCCAACGCGCGCCAAGAGUCAACGAGAGCCACCACACCUCAAGCGGAGUCCACACAAGUCAGCGUUGGCCACCAAACAUCAGCGUGAGGCUACACGAGUCACCAGUGGCCACCGCGCAUCACCACGAGUCAACGCUGGCCAACGUGAGUCAACACGAGUCAACGCGGGUCAACGCUGGCCAACGUGAGUCAACACGAGUCAAGGCAAGUCAACGCUGGCCAACGCUGAUGGAGGUGGGCUGCCCCAGCUGCCCAGACCCCCCCAAGCCCCCCGCCCUCUUCCAGCUCUCGGCACAGCCAAUAAAGCCCUGAGGAUGUGCA